AUGCAGUGGCGGGCUUAUUCCUCAGUCGAACGAUUCUGUUUGUUUACAGAUUUACGGCGCCGGGCUCGUUUGCUUGAGAAUCAAAUCGAUUUGAAAUUGGUAGCACUGAACAAACUGACAUCCGGAACAUCAGGUCGUUACGAAACGCUGUUGAACGAAAAAGCAAUUGUGAGCAGCAAACAGAAAGAAUUCGAUUCACUUUCUUCAGAAUUAGAAGGCAUGCUCGCUAAACUAACACAGAUUGAUGAGCAGAUGACGCAGCAUAUUUCAAAAUGCCAAGCAAAUUCGAGGACCGGCGCAUGGGCAUCAGGUCCAGCGCUACAGCACACACUGCGAAGGCAUCGCGAAAUUUUGCGUGAUUAUUGCACCGAGUAUCACAGAUCACACGAUAAUAUAAGGAAGAAAUAUCCUUUGUUGAACAGUGUGAUGCAAAAAAUACAAAUGAGAAAGCGACGUGAUUCGGUGAUCCUGGCCGCUGUCAUAUCAGCAUGCUUCAUUCUCAUAUUUGUUUAUACGAUGCGUUCGUAA